AUGUCGCGCGACCCUGGCUACUCGCGGGCGGGGGCUAACGGAGGCUACACCAACGGCAACGAGAACUACAACGGCAAUGGAGCCUAUGGAGCCUACGGCGCAGCCAACGACGACUAUGCAGGGCGGCCCAGUGGAGAAUCAAGAAGGAGGCCGGGUGGUUACGGUGGCAUGAACGCAGCAGACAACGAGUCCGGGUCCCCAUCACGACCAAGCACCGACCGACAGCGCAGGCCAGGUGGCUACGGAGGCAUAACCCCUACCGAAGACAGCUAUGCACCACGACCGAGUGGCGAGAGAGAAAGAGAGCGGCGGCCAGGAGGCUAUGGUGGAUUCCAGCCACGCAAUCAGGAGCGUGGCCAGGACCGCAGCCAGGACCGCAGCCAAGAUGCACCCCAGGUUACACGCCCCACCAGCAUCGAGCGCAUGCCAGUACCACCACGCAGCGUGGGAAGGUACGGAGACACUGCAGAUAGGAGCCGAAGCAGACCCGGUGGGCAGCAGAACUACGGUCCCAGCAGCCAGCGCAUUGAAGAGGUUAUCAAGUACAUCCAGGACAAUUGGGACUUCAUGACAGGAAACGCGUGCGUGCCAAUUGAGGUCGCGCUCAAACUCAUGGACUCGAGCUCCCUGGGCCUGGCGGACCAGUACAACCAGUUUCAACAGUCACACCAAGAGCUCCAGCAGGCCCUCAAAGCAAUCGUCAAUGAACACCACCAGGGCUUCAACAGCUCUAUUGGUACCUUCCAUCAGAUCCAGAAUAGUCUGCAGAGCUCACAGCACCGCGUGAGGAACCUCAAGACAUCUCUGACUUCUGCCAAAUCCCAGCUCUCUACUGCUAAACCUGAGCUUCGGGAAUUCGCGACUGCAUCUCAAAACUACGACGAGAUGAUCCAGAUGCUAAACACCAUCGAGCAACUCCAGCUUGUCCCAGAGAAGCUCGAGGCACGCAUCUCAGAAAAACGUUUCCUGACGGCAGUAGAUGUCCUGCAAGACGCUUUGCGCAUGAUCCGCAAAUCCGAGAUGGAAAACAUCGGCGCCCUAUCCGAUUUGCGCACAUACCUCAGUAACCAAGAAGUGUCACUGACUGACAUCUUGAUUGAAGAGCUUCAUAGCCACCUGUAUCUCAAGUCACCAUACUGCGAGGAUAGGUGGAAAGAAUACGCGCAGAAUCAGUUCAAAGGAGAUGUCUCGGAGAGGGCGCAAACGGACGUGCGAGGCCGAUUGCUGUACUACUUUUUGGAUGGCCUGGAUGCUGCAGAAUCGAUGACGGAUGAUUCUACGCACAACCCAGAGACAGACACGUUCCAAUACAUUAGAUUGGUCGUAGAAUCUCUCAACAAGAUGAAUCGCCUGGAGCUGGCAAUCGAUACAAUUGAACAAAGACUACCCGUUGAGCUGUUCAAAGUCGUCGAGAAGUCCCACAACGAGGUUGCACUACGACACCCAAGCACGCUACGAGCUUACGCCUCGAGGAAAGGCAGUAAAUCCAAAACAGAUAUCGAGAGUGACGAUAUACGCACAACACUGCUCAACGAUCUACUCUGGACUCUAUAUGCUCGGUUUGAGGCGAUUGCUGAGAGUCACAGAGUCGUUCAUGAUGUAGUCGCGGGUAUUGUCCGGAGGGAAGGCAUCCGAGACACCACCACCAGUGCCACUCUGACGCGGGGAUUCAAGGAAUUGUGGAAAUUGUACCAGAGCGAGAUGCGUUCCCUUCUUCACGACUACUUAGCUACAGAUGGCGAGACAUCUUAUAGAACCGGCCAGAAGCAGACUUCGAUUGGUAGCGCCUUCUCACGAGCACCUCGUGAUAGAAACAAGCGAAUGUUUAAGCUCUCUGACAUGGACACUAAGUCAGUCGAUAUCGCACAAGAGCGCGAAGACUUGGAGUUUAUCCUGAAGACAUCAGUCCCUGGACUCGUGUCGGACUCGAAGAGAACAGAAAAUACCACCACAAGUACGAGCAACAAUCUUGAGGGCAACGCAACUGGCCACAAGCUGCUGGUAGAGCCGAGUGUCUUCAACAUGGGUAUUCUCCUUCCUCCAUCGCUUGACUUCCUGAACAGAUUAAAGGAGGUUGUACCUACGGGCUCAGACAUCGUCAUGAGUACGCUGACGUCCUUCCUUGACGAUUUCCUGGUGAACGUAUUCCAUCCCCAACUGGAUGAAACAUUAGUUGAGCUAUGUGCACAAGCCUACGUCGAGGUCGAUUCCUAUCAAGAGGAUCCGCACUGGACGAAACACUCGAAGAAGCCCAUCUUCAAGGGUACUGUGAAUUUCCUCACUCUUAUCUCCGCCUUUUGCAAGAUGCUGGAUAACCUGCCGCACGACCAAGCCUUCUCGCAGCUCAUCGUUCGCCAGAUGGAGACCUAUGCACGGAAGUGUACAAGCUGGUAUCAGACUCUUGUCAGCCGAGGAACUCCUACGGCGACUGGACGGAAACUGAAGGCGCCUGCUGCAUGGGCUGAAUCUGCAGAAAUGGAGGACCUUGUCAACCAGAUUUUCCAAACAGAUCCCAAGGAUGCCAUCAAUUUCAACACUCUUGUGGAGCAGGAAACAAGCCUCCUCCUACCAACGAUAGAGCAGGAGCCACUCGACCAAGGCGACAUAAUACAAGACAAAAAGACCCUUGCGAGUCUUUGUCUACUGUACACUAGCAUGAAAUGGUUAUCAACUAAGAUUGCCCGAUUACGGCACAUCAGCGACCGGGCAACAGACUCGACACGCAUCGAGCCCGGCAGUCAACGCCACAACCGACGGUGGACACUUCUCUCGUCCUCGGAGCCGAGGUCAGAAGGCGCACCCGUGUACCUCCCAUUAAAUCAAGAGACCGCAGCUGAGUUCGACAGCGUAGUGUCUACCUACCAGGCCCUCAGCACCUGCGUCCUGCGUACAUUGCACCUCUCAAUCCGAACCACUAUCCUCUUCUCCCUCAACACAUCAGUCCGGCCCGCGAUAACCAUCGAUUCAAUCCUUGGCGACCCUGACCCCGCAAUCCUCACACUGAACGCGCACCUUGUUGCUUUCGACACCGAAGUCAGCACCUACAUCCCUGCAUCCUCGUAUGCGCUGAUUACAUCCGGCCUCGCGGCGCUGAUGGACAUCUACCUUCUCUCCCUCUGCACCUCGAAGCUCGAUGAUAUGAAUGCCAACGGCUGCGCGCUCAUGCAACUCAACAUGCUAGUCCUCCAGCAAAACCUUAAGAACAUAGAAGAUGGUGCUUCCCUUCCCAACAUUGCCUUGUUCUUCGAUCUUUUCACUGCAGGCCCGGCGUCGAUCGUUGCGAGGGCCAAGGAGCAUGGCAAGGGCUUUGGAUUGCAAGGCUUGGCGAGGGAGAUGUUUACUCAGGAGAAAGUCAAACGGUUGUUGGAAUUAACCUACAAAGAGAGACUGAGUGAUGAGAGAAGAGAGGCAGUUGUGCACGCCCAGAGGGAGAGAGAUGCGCAGUUACUGGAGAUUAGUGAGUUUAUGUACUAG